GUAUGUUCAACUGCAGACGACUUCGGGAAAAUGAUUGUUAACAUCCUUGACGAUCUGCAGCUCCAUAAUCACAACUCAAUCUUCAGUUUCAUAGACAUUUCCAAUGUUCCUGACUGGCUGUAUUUUUUCAGAAACUAUUCGAAUUUUCAAGAGGCUGUUUACGCCACAGAGAACAAUAAUAGUGUAAUUAAGAGAAAUGCCUUGAUAUUUGUAGAACAGUCCAAACUUGAGGCUGUUAGUGGAUCCCACACCACGAAUACCUCGAACGGUGUCCAACAUGAACAGCUUCCAAUAAGUAGGGAGAGUUACAUAGUGUCCCAUCUAACAUCGACUUUUUUUAAUCGUUCUCGUGCUAUAGACUUCGUAUUAUGUGAUUUUGUAAAUAACGAUACACUCCGGCCUCUUUUAGUGAUAUCGGGCAAUAACUCGGAGUUUUUUAUAGAAAAAUUCAACAACAAUUUAGAAGAAUGGUUGUUAAAACAUAUUCAAUUAGAAGAAUGUGACGAUUGUAGGACUAGUUUUGAUAAAGUUUUGAGUGUCGUUAUAAUUUUGGGGUGUUCGUGUCUGUUCGUUUCGUUAAUUUUUGGUGUCGUCAUUUUAGCGCGUAAUCAACUGUUGAAAAAAAGGGUGUCGAAAGGCCCUUAUAAAGUGAUACUGACCGCGACGGAUUUCGUUUUCCCCCAAAUUGCCGACAGCCGGAGGGUAGAUGAGGGAAUUGAAGCAAUGCUCUGCUGUUGGCUGCAGCAACUGCAAGAAUUUGGUGGACCAGAAGUAGAAAAACCGGAUUUGCUACAAGGGUCCGGUGGUGCUUCUAUGAUUACACCUGCAAGGACCAGCUCCAGCCCGAAUUUAGCCAAGCAGCUCAUAGUGGAUCCUCGAGUGAGAUAUAAUGGAGACCUAGUUCAAAUGAAACCACUUCCAUCAAUGGGGAGCGGUAACGAGUUGAAAGCGAAAUCCGUCGAACUGCUCGUCUUACUCCAUGGAUUACGUCACGAAAAUCUUAAUCCUCUCAUCGGAUGCCUAGCUGAACCUCCGAGAGCCGCUCUCGUCACAGAAUAUUGUGCCAGGGGGUCUUUGCAAGAUGUUCUUCAACAGGACGACAUUAAACUCGAUUGGUCCUUCCGGUUGAGCCUGCUUACGGACCUUGUAAGGGGGAUGAAAUACCUUCAUUCAACUCCUAUUAAGGUACACGGAUUUCUAACUUCAAGAAACUGUGUUAUAGAUGCCCGAUGGGUCCUUAAAAUAACUGACUACGGACUGCCAGCCUUUUAUGAAGCACAGGGUAUACAACUUACAGCAAAGACUGCUCGAGAACUUUUAUGGACUGCUCCUGAGUUAUUGCGUCACAGUAGCCUCCGUAAAAGAGGAACACAGCCAGGAGAUGUUUAUUCUUUUGGAAUUAUUUUACAAGAAGUAGUAGUUAGAGGAGAACCCUUCUGUAUGUUGGCGCUUACGCCUGAAGAAAUUAUAGAGAAGGUGAAACGACCUCCUCCUCUCAUCCGACCCUCAGUAAGUAAAGGAGCAGCUCCUCCGGAAGCCAUCAAUAUCAUGCGUCAGUGUUGGGCCGAACAGGCGGAAAUGCGUCCGGAUUUCAACACUGUCCAUGACCAGUUUAAGAAAUUAAAUCACGGCAGGAAGGUCAAUAUAGUUGACACGAUGUUCCAGAUGCUGGAGAAGUAUUCCAAUAAUUUGGAGGAACUAAUUAGAGAACGGACUGAGCAAUUGGAUAUCGAGAAGAAAAAAACGGAGCAACUGUUAAAUAGAAUGUUACCUAGUUAUGUAGCUGAAAAAUUAAAACUCGGCAUGCCCGUCGACCCCGAAGAGUUCGAAGAGGUGACGAUAUACUUCUCUGAUAUUGUCGGUUUUACGACAAUUUCGGCCCAUUCAACGCCAUUUCAGGUGGUUGAUCUCCUGAACGACCUUUACACGUGUUUCGACGCCACCAUUAAUGCCUACAACGUUUAUAAAGUGGAAACGAUCGGAGACGCUUACAUGGUUGUCGGAGGAUUGCCAGUGAGGAUUCCCGAUCAUGCAGAACAGAUCGCAACAAUGGCACUAGAUUUACUUCAUCAAAGUGGUAGAUUUUGUAUACGGCAUCUACCAAGAACUCCUUUGAGAUUAAGAAUAGGACUUCACUCGGGACCAUGCUGUGCAGGAGUGGUUGGUUUGACAAUGCCAAGGUACUGCCUUUUCGGUGAUACCGUUAACACUGCCUCAAGAAUGGAAUCUACAGGAUCUGCGUGGCGGAUUCAUAUGUCAGAAGCCACGAAAAUUCGGUUAGAAAAAGCCGGCGGAUAUCAAAUCGAACCGAGAGGCCCUACGGAAAUAAAGGGAAAAGGCACAAUGGAUACCUAUUGGCUACUCGGAAAAUCGGGAUUUGAUAAACCUGUACCAGAUCCGCCGUCCCUCGAGGAAUCGCAUGGGUUGGAUGAAAGCCUUAUUGUAAGCUCCUCAGUAAGCCAGCACGAUCAUUACGAAGACUCGGGCGAUUCAAUAUCUGGAAGUUCGAGACAUCAGACUGCAGAGGAUCACUACAACAAAUUGCCCAGCAUUAAUCCCUCAUUUAUGAGAAACAUGGAACUCUCCAAGUUUUCUAGCCUCGCAAAAGCUGGGGAAGAUACAGGACAAAGACAAGACAGCCAUAUGGUAAAGAGUACGUCGAGUGAAGUGCCCGUACCAUUAGGAACACCAGUGUCAGCAUCAGAAGUUGCUGCAGCUCUUCUCGGUGCCUCAACUACUUCCCUUUCCGGAUUCAGAAGACCAAGAAAAAUUGACGAGGAUGACCUGAGUACUCCAUACAAUCACUAUAAAUGCUUAAGUCCAAAACACAGGGUAGGAAAAUUACUUCGAAGACAAUUUAGCCUUGAUCGGGCUGAAGAGGUCGUUAGAAUCGAAGACAAUGUACUGAUAAGUCCGAGAUUGUGCAAGCAGAACUCUGCAGGGGCGGCGGAUUUGGAGAAAAUCGAGGAGAUCCCAUUACGGAUUCCGACGGUGGCAUCUCCCGGCACCGUCUCUCCCAUCCAAUGCACUUUGUCAAUAUCAGCGGACUCCCUAAUACACUAGCUGCGUGGAAUUUUAUCACCUUCACAGACUUGAACAAUAAAACUUUUUUAGUGCCAAUCAAUUUUAUUUCGUAUACUCUAAGAUCAAUUUUAUUUUGUGUACUCUAGGAAUGGAUCUUUGGAGCUUAAUACUUUUUGCUAACUUAUCUUCUCUGUCAAUUUAAUGGAAGUUGGUAUAAAGCAGUGGAAAGAACGAAAUUGAUUUACAGGAUUUUGAAUUUUUUAACAAAACUAUCACCAAUUUUACACAAGUAGUGUAAAUAGAAAAAAAACUAAAGGUGUCUCUCUAUUUGUUUUAUUUUUAUAUUUUUGAUAUAUUUUAUUAUAAAAAAAAAUAUUUCUACGAUAUGAUAAAAAAUAAGAAUGCUGCGAUUCUUUGCCUUCUGUGUCCCUGUUUAUGGUAUUGAAUCUUCUUCUAUAAGUGCCAUCUCCGCGACGUAGAUCGGCAAUCAUCAUAGCUAUUCGGAUUUUAGAGACGGCUGCUCUGAAAAGUUUAUUUGAUGUACAUUCGUACCAUUCUCGCAGGUUGCAUUUUCUGGUUUUAAUGGUAUUUACGAUUUCCAUGUCUUUAUUCAUCUUUCUCUCAUCUCUCAGAAUUUCCUUGUUUGUGACGUGUUUUGUCCACGUUAUUGUCAGAAUUCUUUUGUAUAUCGACAGCUCGAAUGAUUCUAGUUUUUUCAAUGAUGCCGCAUUCAAAGUCUAAGCUUCCGUUCCAUAAAACAAAGUCGAGAAAAUGUAGCACCUAGCUAACCUAACUUUUAGCUCCAACUUCAAAUCUCUUGUGCAGAGUACUUUCCUAAUUUUGUUAACAUUUGCUCUAGCCUUUUCUAUUCUGGUUUUGAUUUCCUGAAAGUAAUCACUGGUGGAGUUGUCGUACUUGGUGUGUAAUUAUCGUACCAAGAUAUGCAUGUUGGUCGACUCGUUUGACAUUAGAUCCGUUUAUGGACAGACUCUCGUUAGUUCUUUGAGUUUUGGUUAUUCUCAUAAACUUUGUCUUCUUGAAGAUAGUACUGAAUAGUUGGCCUGUAACGAAGAUAUGCGCAUAAAAUGGGAAGCAUUUGAGUUGUGGCUAUACUGGAGAAUACUUAUAAUCGCGUGAACUGACUGGGUUACAAAUAAGGAGGUUCUCGGAAGAUUAAAGAAGAACCGAGAGGUACUGACCACCAUCAAAUCUCUUCUUCUUCUUCUUCUUCUUCUUCUUCCUCUUUAUAAGCAAUUCUAAUAAAUCAAAUGCAGUGUCUAAUGCAGUUAUUCCAAGUUAGCGUUAAUGGGAAAACUAGUAAAUACAGAAGAUUACAGAAUGGGUUACCCCAAGGGUCGGUUCUAUCGCCGCUCCUGUUCAACAUUUACACCUCAGACGCUCCCACUACAAUCUCACGCAAAUUUAUUUAUGCAGAUGACAUGGCUUUAGGUAUACAAGAAAGAAACAUCGAGAACGCCCAAGCUACCCUAGAAAGCGACCUAAAUACUAUUAAGACAUAUUUUAAAAAAUGGGGCCUUCAGCCAAAUCCCACAAAGACAGAAGUUACUGCCUUCCAUCUAAAUAACCGGGAAGUGAACUACAGACUAAACAUAGAAAGCGAAGGGGUUACCCUAAAACAUAACCCAAAUCCAAAAUAUCUCGUUGUAAUGCUGGAUCGUACUCUAACUUUCAAGGAACACUUACAUAAAACUGCAGCUAAAGUAAAAACUUGCAAUAAUAUCAUUCACAAGCUUGCAAACACCUCUUGGGGAGCCAAUGCAGACACAAUCAGGACAAGCGCUCUUGCAUUAGUCUAUUCAACAGCCGAAUAUUGUGCUCCAGUCUGGCUAAACAGUCACCAUACUAACGUCCUAGACACACAACUAAAUCAGACAAUAAGGUAUAUUACGGGGACCAUAAAAAGCACACCAACUCAGUGGCUUCCAGUUCUAAGCAAUAUUGCACCAACCAAAACACGACGGUUAGCUGCCCUUAAAUCACAAUACCAGAAAUGUCAAAAGAAUCCCUCAUUGCCAGUAAAUACCGACAUAGAUCAGUUAAACCAGGGCCAAUUGCGGCUGAGAUCUCGAAACCCGCCAACAAGAACAGCAAAAAAUCUUCCAAACAAUUUCACAAUUAAUGA